UGGCUUGACGCUACAAUCUGCAGAGUGGCAGCAUUAUUUUUGUUCAGUGAAGUCCCGUCCUGUCGGCUGCCCCAUACCCGCCGCUGUGCCUGGAUUUUCACUGGCUUCUCGUUUUUUGGAGUUUGCCCCUUCUUCUUUUUGCAAAAGCAACUUUGACUUGACUGCAAGCAGAGAGCGAAAGGGUCCUUGGGCCGAUCUAAAAAGCACCUCAGGAUGUCAAAAUCCUUAAAACUACAAAAGGAACAGCAGCAACGGGACCUUGAGACACGCUAUGAGAGCAGCUACCACCAAGGCUCCCUAUCAUCUGUUAACCGCCAGUCUUAUGCUGCAUAUGUGAGCAGCAGCAGCAGCAGCCAUGGACACAAGAUCUCAAAGAAGGAGAAGAAACUGAGCACUCUCUCUAAGAAAGAAAAGCGCUCGUACCUGGCUGUGGACAAAGAAGAAGAGGUCAUAGGAUACGUUGUGCCAGUCUUCAGAAGCAGUCAUUUGGCUACCCAGGAUCUGAUGGAGACUCAGGAGGAGGUGAAGGAGGAGGGUGUGGGGUAUGUCGUCAUGAGGAACCUGUUCUCCAGGGAGACCGACUUCAAGAUGAGAACUGUGAAGAAGUCCAGAGAGACCAGUUUGAGAGAGUCUGCUGAACGCCUGGCUCUGAGCAGGAAGAUGCAUGAGAAAGAAGAAUUCCAAAAGAAGAUGAAUCCGGACAGUUUGACUCACCCCCCGGAGUUCGUCGUGAAACCACGAGGCCAGACUGUGUGGGAGGGGAAGAGUGUGACCCUGCACUGCACGGUGGCUGGAUGGCCCAAACCCCGCGUGGCCUGGUACAAAAACAAUGUUUUGAUUGAUGCUAAGUCUCACCCUGAGAAAUACGUCACAGAAAGCCAAUACAACAUGCAUUCUCUGGAAAUCAAGAAUUGUAGUUUUAGCGACACUGCUGAGUACCGAAUCUCUGCACUUAACGUGAAGGGAGAAAGUUCUGCGUUUGCCCCUGUCAUUAUUAAAAGAUUCAAAGAAGGUGAAGAAGUGACUGAAAGGCCCCAUGGUUUCAGCCCUGAAUAUGGUGUGACCUUCAACACUACCAUCAUUGACAAGUUUGACGUUUCUUUUGGCCGUGAGGGAGAGACCAUGAGUUUGGGCUGUACAGUCAUUGUCUACCCCACUGUGAAGCGCUACCAGCCAGAGAUAGUGUGGUACAGAAAUGGUGUCGCCUUGUCACCUUCUAAGUGGGUGCAAAUGCACUGGAGUGGUGAGCGAGCCACUUUAACUCUUGUGCAUCUGAACAAAGAAGAUGAGGGUCUCUACACUCUGCGUGUCAACACCAAGUCAGGCUUCGACACCCACUCUGCCUAUGUGUUUGUCAGAGAUGCUGAUGUGGAGGAGGAGGGGGUUCCUGUAGCUCCUCUUGAUGUGCGUUGUCAUGAUGCUAAUAAAGACUAUGUGGUUGUUACCUGGAAGCAGCCAGCAGUGGAGGGCAGCAGUUCCAUCAUUGGCUACUUCAUUGACAGGUUGGAGGUGGGCACUCAUCAUUGGACCCAGUGUAAUGACACUCCAGUGAAGUAUGCCCGUUUUCCUGUCACUGGGCUUAAUGAGGGCCGCUCCUACACCUUUAGGGUCCGAGCCCUCAACAACUCUGGUGUGAGCCGCCCGUCCCGGGCAUCUGACCCUGUAGUUGCCAUGGAUCCAUCGGACCGUGCCCGCCUUAGAGCUGGUCCCUCGGCUCCAUGGACUGGAAUGAUCAAAUUCACUGAGGAAGACCCCACAGUGGGGGUGGUUCCUGGUCCAUCUACUGACCUGGCUGUCACUGAGGCGACUAAGAGUUACGUGGUACUGAGCUGGAAGCCACCCAUCCAGAGAGGACAUGAGGGUGUCAUGUAUUAUGUGGAGAAGUGCUUGGUGGGUACAGAUACAUGGCAGAGGGUGAACACCGGGAUGCCAGUGAAGUCCCCUCGCUUUGCCCUGUUCGACCUUGCUGAGGGCAAAUCCUACAGCUUCCGUGUCCGUAGCUGCAACUCUGCUGGAGUUGGAGAGCCAUCGGAAGAAACUGGGGCGACUACUGUGGGAGACAGAUUGGACCUGCCCUCUGUCCCAGGGCCUGUUAUUCCCAUCAGAAACACUGAAACGUCUGUAGUUGUGUGCUGGGGGGCAUCUAAGGAGGUUAAGAAUCUGGUGGGCUAUUACAUCGAGGUCAGCGUCAGUGGCAGUGGUGUUUGGGUUCCCUGCAACAACAAGCCAGUCAAAGGCACUAGGUUUGUGUGCCAUGGGCUGAACACUAUGGACAAAUGCGUGUUUAGGGUGAAGGCUGUGAACGCUGCAGGAUACAGUGGAAGCAGCGCCGAAUCUGAGGCCUGCAUUGUACAAGCAAGCAUUGCCGUCCCAAGCCCUCCCACCGGUGUGACCCUGCAGGAGAGGCUCCGUGACUACAUGGUGCUGGGCUGGCAAGCUCCUGCUAAGACUGGUGGAGCAGACAUCAGAGGUUACUACCUGGACUACAGAACAGUGAAAGAUGGAAUCACAAGCAAGUGGCAUGAAAUUAACCUCCAGGCAGUCACUGGCACAUCUUAUAAAGUGACAGACCUGAAGGAAAAUGUAUUCUACCAGUUCCAGGUGCGUGCAGUCAAUCGGGCUGGUAUCAGUGAAUCCUCCAUACCCACUGUCCCCUUGGAGUGCAAGGAAUGGACUGUGGCUGUUCCAGGCCCUCCUCAUGGCCUCCGUGUCCAGGAGGUGCGUAAAGACUCUAUGGUACUUCUGUGGGAACCACCCACAUUCAAUGGCCGCAGUGCUGUGACUGGAUAUUAUGUGGACUAUAAGGAAGAGAAUGGCAAAUGGAGAUGUGUCCAAGAGAGAUCCACAAAAAAUACUUACAUGAAGGUAACUGGUCUCCAAGAGGGUGUUUCCUACAUGCUGCGCGUCCAUGCUAAGAAUCUGGCAGGUGUUGGUGGACCCUCAAAGGCAACGGAUGCAAUUUUGGCUGAGACUCGCCCUGGAACCAAUGAGAUUGUGGUGGAUGUGGACGACGAUGGUGUGAUCUCUCUCAUCUUUGAGUGCUCCGAUCUUAAAGCGAACUCUCAGUUUGUGUGGUCUAAAAACUAUGAGGCCUUCACUGACACUUCUCGUCUCACCAUUCAGACUGCUGGGGGCAGGUCCAGAGCUAUCUUUAAUGACCCAUCGUUGGAAGACUUGGGCACUUACUCUUGUUUUGUGACUAACACUGAUGGUGUCUCUGCCAGCUACACGCUCACUGAAGAAGGACUUAAGCGCUUGUUGGACAUCAGCCAUGACCACCAGUUCCCCAUAAUUCCCUUCAAAAGUGAAAUGGCCAUUGAGCUGCAGGAGAAGGGCCGUGUGCGUCUCUGGGCCGAAGUUGGCAAGUUCACUUCUAACUGCCAAGUGGAGUAUGUGUUCAAUGACAAUAUCAUCCAUGAAGGAAAGAAGUACACGAUGAACUUUAACAAAACCACCGGCAUUAUUGAGAUGUUCAUGGACUUACUGGAGGUUACUGAUGAAGGAACCUUCACAUUCAACCUUGUUGAUGGCAAAGCAACUGGUCGUACCAGCUUAGUGCUUAUUGGAGAAGAGUUUGCUGAGCUUCAAAAGAAAUCUGAGUUUGAGAGAGCAGAGUGGGUCAGAAGGCAAGGUCCUCACUUUGUGGAGUAUCUCAGUUUCGAGGUCACUCCAGAAUGUGAUGUGCAUCUGAAAUGCAAAGUUGGAAACAUCAAACCUGCCACUGAGAUUGCCUGGUUUAAGGAUGGAAUUGAGAUUGAAGAGGAUGAUGAGGAUGCUAAGAAGAUCAAAAAAUCUGAUGAAGUGUUGAUCUUUGACAUUGGCAAGAUUUCAAAGAAAGAUGCAGGAGUAUAUGAGGUUAAACUGAAAGAUGAAAGAGGAAAGGACAAAACUUUGCUGAACCUGACAGAUGCAGGUUAUCAAGCAGUGAUGAAUGAAGUAUUUAGAGUUAUUGCCAAUUCUUCAACCGAGCUCAAGGUUAUGAGCACAGAACACGGAAUCAUUCUCUACUCAUUCGUUGUGCACUAUAUUGAAGAUCUCCGUGUUGGCUGGCUUCACAAAGAAUCAAAGGUCUCCCAUUCAGACAGAGUGCAGUGUGGAGUCACCGGAGAACAGCUGUGGCUCAAAAUUAACGAGCCCACCGAGAAAGAUAAGGGCAAAUAUGCCAUCGAUAUCUUCGAUGGCAAAGGCAGCUUCAAGAGAGUUCUUGACCUGUCCGGACAAGUAUGGGAGGAAGCAUUUGAAGAAUUCAAGAGGCUGAAGGCGGCAGCCAUAGCAGAGAGAAAUCGUGCUCGUGUGGUGGGUGGCCUGCCCGAUGUAGUCACCAUUCAGGAGGGCAAGUCUCUCAACCUCACCGGCAACGUCUGGGGUGAUCCAGUUCCCGAGGUCAGCUGGGUGAAGAAUGAUAAACCGCUGCUGCCUGACGAUCACUACACGCUGAAGUUUGAGCACGGCAAGUUUGCCAGCAUCACCAUCGCUGCUGUUGCAACCAUCGACUCGGGCAAAUACGCCCUGCUGGUGAAGAACAAGUAUGGCACUGAGGCGGCAGAGUUUACCAUCAGUGUCUACAUCCCAGAGGAUGAAGCAGAGAAGAAGGAGUAAAGACACGCACAGAGGGAGAGAGGGGGUUAACAUUUGACCAGUGUACCAUCCAAAGCAUUUGAAUUCAAAGCAUGCCCACCCACAGUGCAAUAUUGUGUGGUUUCCCCUUAAAUAAACAUUUAAAUAAACAGAAUUUUCCCAAUGUGAGCGAUAUUAGCUUCUAGGCUUUUCACACGAUACUUAACCCAGGGUUUAAAGUCAUAGAUCAUCCAAAAAUUCAAGUUCUGUCUUGAUUUAAACACCUUCAAGGUGUUUGAAGAAAACAUUCAGAAGAAUGUUGGUAACCAGUUGAUGGUAGCCAUUGACUUCCAUAGUAUUUUUUAUUUUUUUACUGUCAACUCCAGUAGCCAGCGUUGACUGUUUGGUUUCAAACAGUGUGCGUGCCAUGAGGAGGCCUGGCCCAGCCACUUUGGUCUUUGUGCCUCCCUCUAAGAAUGCAAAUGCCCCCCACCCCAUAGUUUGUAUGGACUGGUGCCGAACCUGGUUAUCAACAUUCUUCAAAAAAAAAAUUUUUCUUGGCUCACACUCAUUCAACUAUAGAACAACUUGAGAAUUAGUACAUGAGGACAGAAUUGUAAUUUUGAGGUGAAAUAUCCAUUUAACAUCUUUUUAAUUCUGAGUUAAGAAUAUAAUGCAUUAAGCAGUGUUUCACAUUUGUGACCCUGGACCAUGAAAUCAGUCAUAAGGGUCAAUUCUUUGAAAAAUAAUAAAAUUAAGCUUUCCAUUGAUGUAUGGUUUGUUAGGAUACGACAAUAUUUGGCCCAGAUACAACUAUUUGAAAUUCUGGAAUCUGAGGGUGCAAAAACAAAUCUAAAAUACUGAGUAAAUUGCCCUAGCAAUGACUAAUAAAAGUUACAUUUGAAUAUAUUUACACAAUUUUUAAUGGAACAUGAUCCUUUCUUAAUAUCUCAUGUUUUUGGGCAUAAAAGAAAUAAUAAUUUUGACCCAUCCAAUGUGUUUUUGGCUAUUGCUACAAAUAUAUCCGUGCUACGUUAGAAUGGCUUUGUGGUCCAGGGUCACUUUUGUCAUUUUGAAUUUGGGGAGAGAAGUUAUGAAGCCCUACUGCCGUUCUGUGAAAUGCUAAUCCAGGCUAAUUUAUGAACUGUCUGGAAAAGUAAACAUGUCGAAGGUGUUAACCUUAAAAUUGUGGUAGCAUGGGGAUUUCUAAUGUUAUAAGUCUCAUAAAAUAUGGUAAUUUAUUAAAAAAGUUUGAAAAGCCCAUUUAGCAACGGAAGAUAUGCAUCUCAUUGCUUUAUGUAACUGCAGUGUACCUGCAGUUAAUAAUGACACUUGGGUAUAACAAUAUUAACAUGUUUUGAAUUAAAAAGCUUUGGGUCUUGCUUUAUUUGUAAGCAUAAACUGGAACAUUAGAAUGUAUCUCAACUGUUGUCUCAUUUUAAUUUGAAUUGGUGUAGUUUCCAGUGUCAAUCUACUGCUUUGUGAAAAGAAAUCUAGUUUAACAGUAUAGACAACAGUAUGUUAAAGGUUACUUAACCAAUACUGUAAUUUGGUAAAUCCUUCCUCGGAAAAACAAAUAUAUUUAUGGAUGAUCUCAUCUGUAGUUUUAUGAUUUAUUGUUGUAUGUCUGUCGAAUCUUGCAUUUUGUGUCUUUAUAUGUAAACUUAUAAACAUAGUAAAGUCAGUUGGCACUGUU